AUUGCCUGGCAGAGUUCAGUUUUUAAUGGCUUCAUCAUGGUGGUGAUAGUCAUGAAUUCCUUUGUCAUUGGCUUUGAGACAGUGGAGGAAUGGAAGGUCCCACAUAAGAAUGUCUUCAAAGCUUUGGAUGAGCUGUUUCUUGCCAUUUACACCAUGGAGUUCCUGAUGAAGCUGUAUGCUGAACCAAGGGGUUACUGGAAAAGCAGUUAUAACAGAUUUGACUUUUCUAUCCUGGCAUUGUCAUAUGUUCAAGUCAUCAUGGAUGAGCUGAAUGUGGGUGAUAAGAUUCUCACACCUUUGAGGCUCUUAAGAGGUCUGUGAGAGUCACCUUGACAGUUAGAUUGAGGAGAAGGGAAGUUUACACACAAGUGACUUGCACAAUUGAGUCAGCUUAUCCAAACGAGAACAAAGCUUCCCAGACCAGGUCUUCAACCUUGUUCAGUCAAGCUGAGUGAGCGGAUAAUUAGGCAACCAGUUCUCCCCAAAUUUUUCUUUCAGAUCCUUAGUAACCCAGAUAAACACAUAACUUUUCCUUAUAAUAUCCAUAUAUUAUCCAACAAACAGGUAAUGUGAUUACUCAGACUAACCAGGUAAAAGUUAUCUUGAUCCAAUACCAAAUUCUCAUAACUAAUUUAUAAGGAAAUGUGUAGUACCUAGAGGGGAGAAUUAACAAUCAAAUCUUGGGAUUAAGGGGUUAAAUUUGUAGCAACUUGCUCUAUCUUCUGUUUGCAGCUGCUCGAACAUUACGGACCAUCUCCUUCAUUGAAGGCCUCCAAGUUCUUGUCACAGCACUGAUUGACACUAUUAGGAACUCUGUACUCAAUGUGGUGAUCCUUCUUGUCAUGCUGAUGGCUUUCUUUGCUGUAGUUGGUUAUUAUAUUUUUGGUUAUGAAGAGGAGACUGGUGAUAAAGAGAACUGGGGAACUCUCAGCACUGCUAUGUUGACACUUUUCACAUUUGUUACUGUGGGUUGUGUUCAUGUUUUUUUUGUUUUGUUUUGUUUUUUUUUUCAUUUCAAACUGUUGUAUCUAAAAAUUAAAUGAAUUUGGCAAAUUAUGAGGAUUCUGUCUUCUUAAACCCACCUAUUCCCAGGUGAAGGUUAAAUAUGAACUUCAGCCAAUUAAAAGCCCUUAUCCAUGUCUCUGUAGUGUAGCAUAACUUCACUGUUUGUUUCCCCUGGACAGGAUGCCACUCCAUUUCAGGUUAAUUACCCUAGCUGUUUGAAGGCUGAUAAGCACUAACCUAGGGUUAAAAAUUAAUCCAGGUUUCUUUACUCCUUUAUACAAAAGACUUUAUUGAGAUAUGUUCCUCUUUUAUUAUUAGAGCAUCCAAUCAUCAGAUUAUAGACAAAAAGAAUUGAAAUUGAAAUUUUGUUUUAAAGCUUGCAGAUCUGAAAACAGAUUACCCAGACUAAUCCUGGGCUUUCUUAACCCAGCUUUGAACCACCCAGCCCUGAGGCAGAGAAGCACUAAUGGAAUAAAGUGACUUGCCCAAGAACACAACACAAUGAUCUGACCCAGUCUUGAAACCAGAGCUCUUGACAGGGAGUCUAGUGGGCUAAAUAUUAGUCUACUGUAUCUCUGAUUAUAUUACUCCCCUUUCCAGGAGUGAGCAAUAAAUGAUGUCCCAUAGGAAUGUCAAUUCAUUAAUUUUGAACACAGACAGGUGGUUCUAUAGCAUGUGUUAAAUUUAUGUAAUUAAAUUUACAAUUUGUAAAUUGUUCUGUCCAGGUGGAUGGUUGGACAGAAAUCCAGAAAGACUUGGACAAAAGACCCUACAGCCAGUGGUUUACUGUGAUCUUUAUUUUCUUGGGCCACUUCAUUUUCACCAAUUUGUUUAUUGGAAUAAUCAUCAUGGUAAGUCUAGUUUGUUAAUUGUCCUAACAUACUUGCUUUUAUUGAAAAACUUUUUUCAUAAAUCCCUGUUUGUGGCUGUAUACAAUGGUGUUAGCAGGGCUGUACAAACCUGUAUGGCCCCUUGAGAUCCCAGCUGAGAAAAGUUAACGAAGCAGAAGACAGAGCAACAUUCCAAAUGAUGAAAUGUUUUUCAUGUCUGCCAGGCAGGAAAAUAAAAUUUUGCCUCUUGUUCAUGAUGCACAGACCUUACUGUGCUUAGUCUAUGGGUCAUGAUCUCAAGCCAAAUAGCAGUAUUUUCCUAUCUGGCCCUCUCAUUCAGUCAAUAAGUACAUGGUAUUGUUAAUGCAAAUUUUUUUCUAUAGUCAUUCACUUCCUAGCCUUGUAUGUUAAUAGGUAAUAGAUGUUAACAACAGAGUUGAAAACAUAAAUUGGCCACCAUAAAGAGUUUAAAGGCUGACAUUUCAAGCAUUAGCCCUUUGUCAAAGCAAUUGGUCCUUAAUUGUAUGUUAAUACUUCAGUAACUGCUCUUUCUAUAUAUUUUUUUUUAAAUAUAGUUUUCCGUGAUUGAAAACACUGUCUUACAUUAUAAAUUUUUUGUAGAACAUACAUGAGGCCACAGAGAAGUUCAUUACACAGCAAAGACAAGAACGUGAAGCAAUUCUACAGGUUAAAACUUAGAGUAAAACAAAUCAACUGUAUAAUUAAUGAGUUCAAGUUUUUUUUACUUUUCAGAAGUAUCAAGGGUCCCUAAUUUUAAAAGUUUACAGAUAAGUGGUUAUUACUGGUAAUUUAAAAUUCAAAGAAAUUCUUCAGGAUGAAGAUUUUCUGUCACUGACAAUCAAGUUUUUUUUUUAUGUAGAUGAAGAAAGAUUUCCUCUUCCAAAGACAACGUGAUGAUGUCAGAGAAAUGUUAGAAAAACAGGUAUUUAAUUGUUAGAUUAUGAGAAAGUCUGUUCACAAGAAACAUGGGAAGGCUGCAUGAAAAGUCCAAUCAUUUGUAUAAAUACCUUGAAGUUCUCAGAUGGUCCCAACUGUACCUGCAGUCAGCAAAGAGAAGGAUCAUAACCAAAGCUUGAAUGCACGUAGCCCAUUUGAUGUAUUUUUGGUGACAAAAAUCUUGUAUGUUAAAAUCUAGAUAACCUAGAAACACCUGAAAUGCAGACUAUUUAGUGAGUGUUCAUCUCUGUCAAAAUAAUACUUUACAUUUAAACCAUUUUGACCAGAAAGAUUGUCAAACCUAAUGACUGACAGUUUUACUCAUUAUGCUCAAGAAAGUACAUUUUGGUUCCAUUGAAGAAAUCAAUUAAGAUUCUAAGUAAUUCCCAAGAAUUAAAACAUGAACCUUAUUAUAGCCGCAAACGCUAAUCACUCGUAUUUCAAACUUUACUAGAACAAACUUGACACAUUGUUGAAUACGGUAACUGAAAAUGACAAAAUUACAAACACGCGAAUGAGCAUAAAAUAACUUACGUCGUAUGAGUGAAAGUACUGGAAAAAGACAAAGCGAAAUAAACAAGGAUACUUACAAGACGAAUGUGACCAAACCAAAGACGAAAACAUGAAACCCAGAGCUAGAUAUGUAGCGAUAAUUUUCGCAAACUAGACAACUAACCAAAUGAAUUACGCACAACCAAUAUAUAUACGAUAUGCAAAUAAAUAUAACAAGUACAAAACUGGUAACUGACAAAGGACACUAAUGGAAGACGAGAAAAUAAACACCUAACACGAAACUAUGAAACACCAACACUAACAAAAAAUGAUAAUACAAAUUCUUGCACCUACACUUAUGUCAUCUUGAAAAGUUUUCCACUAACAUUUCAACAUUUGGUGUCUGAUCAUUUUCAGAAAUUCUCAGCAAUUCCAAGUUUUGAGUUUAUUUUCUUUUGCAUGUCUUGGAAUUAUAAGGAAUAUUUCCUAAGGAUUCUAAUGAUCUCCAUGUUUCCAUGGAAUUUAUUUUUCAAGGAGGAUUUUCUAGUACUUACCACCUUAUAUCCAUCCAUUAGAAAAACAGCCAGUAUGCUAACUUUGAAGAGAUGACCCAGAGCUUCCAACAGACACUACGUCAUGAUGAUUAUGUAAUCAUGUCUGAUCCUUGUGCCAAUUUAACAUGGAUAGAGGCAUUCCUUACUACAACAGACCAUCUGGAUCUUUACACUUACAGGUUUAGUCUGAUUUAAAAGUUUAAUUAAUCUAUCAAAAGCAUGAACUACAAGUAGUCACUCAUUUUUGGCAAAGUCUGUCAUACAUGUUUUGUAAGGGGAGGAAACCCUGAUAAGUUGAACAAAAAAAAAGAAUAGGAGUGCUUAGAGGGGAAUAGCUAACAUGCAACACUUGGGGUCUGGGAAUCAAACUUUUAAGGCCCACAAUGGUUAGAGGCAGCUGUUGGACUUACACUAUUCCUGCUCUGACCAGUCUUUCACUGUUACCAGAUUGAAUAGGUAGGUGGAGUGUUGUUGGAGAGAAAAAAUCCUGACAACUGAUGGAGAAAGGCCAGGAGAUCAUGGAGGAGAAUCAACUAUAAACCCAAACUAUAAUGUGACAUUAGGUCUGGGAAUGGAACCCAAGUCACAGCAGUAAAAAGCAAGUGCUGUCACAAAUGCUCCAUCCCAAGGAACAUCCCUCCCCCUUAAGAGGGUCAUUGGGAAUCCCAAGUGCAAAGAAUAAGCUGCCAAGUUUACAAUCCUAUGUCCUAGGGAAAAGGGUAGGGGGGGGUGGCCCAGAAGCCUCAACAGAAUUUGGGUAGAAGUGAUGCACAGUCUACAUGUGUAUAGCCACUUGGAUAAUUUUUUUUGCAAAUCUAACCCCAAAUAUUCUGUCUGAGUGUGCUUAGGUUUGUAUGGGUAAGGUCUAUGUACCACACUCUAUAGCACUUUUAUGUGACAUACAGGUUGGCAAAACAACAGAAUAUCUUCUUGACAGAGUCAGGAUUGCUAGGUCUUGAUGCCACACCCUUAUUCCUCCUCUGCCAUCAAGGGCCAUUUAACUUCAUGGUCAGCCUUUAGUAUGACGUUAAAUACUUAAAAUUAUUUUCUCCCCUUUUCAGAUGCCAGCAAAUCCAAUUUCAAAUUGCCAAUGUUUUGGCAGAUAUGGCAGAGAUGAAGUUAAAGGAGAAAGAGCAGCAAGAGGAUGCAGUCCAAGCUUCAGCAUUGCCAAGAGGAAUGCAGUUGUUCAUGAGAGCAAAGGCUGCAAUGGCAAAGAAGAGUGCUUGA